AUGUGCAGUGAGAACACACUUUGUGCAUUGCUGGUGCAGAAAACCAGUUCUAACAGUGAAUUAAUGAUGUCAAAACCAUCACUGUUUCCUUCUUUGGAAUUCCUGUAUUCCCAGUUCAUGCAGUGUUCGGAAAAGCAUCAGCCAGCACCUGCCAGUGUUCGUUGCGUCCAUAAUGAUGUCACAGUACCUGACUUCUCUGCCUAUCGUCGUCAAGAUGUGCUAGAUGCCACCACAUCUUCUCAAGGCAGCAGUGAAGCCAGAAAAGGGUUUUCCUACCUGGUGACUGCAACGACAUGCGUAGCAACUGCAUAUGCUGCUAAGAAUGUUGUCACCCAGUUUAUUUCCAGCCUGAGUGCCUCUGCUGAUGUGCUAGCAUUGUCAAAGAUCGAGAUCAAGUUAUCUGACAUUCCAGAAGGCAAGAACAUGGCUUUCAAGUGGAGAGGGAAGCCCCUUUUUGUGCGUCACAGAACCCAGGCAGAGAUUAAUCAGGAAGCUGAAGUUGAUUUAUCUAAACUGAGGGAUCCGCAGCAUGACUUAGACAGAGUAAAGAAACCAGAAUGGGUCAUAUUAGUAGGUGUCUGCACUCAUCUUGGUUGCGUACCCAUUGCUAACUCUGGAGAUUUUGGUGGUUAUUACUGCCCUUGCCAUGGCUCCCAUUACGAUGCCUCUGGCAGAAUCAGGAAAGGUCCUGCUCCCUAUAACCUUGAGGUUCCGACUUACCAGUUUCUUGGUGAUGAUAUGGUGGUUGUUGGCUGAAUAACAAAGCGCUUGCUCACUUUCAUGUUCCGUGAAUGUACAUUCAAAUGGGUUAACUGAGAUUCUGGAAUACUGUAAAACCAGAUGAUUCUGAAAACAUAGUAGCUGUCUAGAUUCUCAACCAGAAGUAUGUUUGAAUACUUCCCUGUGUUUGAUUUUAAUAAAAACUCGGAGUGAGCACUUGU